UGAGAAACAAGCAGUUCCGUAACAGCAUUUUGCCUAAAACGCUGCAACACGAUUGAAAAAUCGAUUUUUCCAAAGCAAUAAAAAAAAAAUACAGAAUGUGCCAGUAAAUUAAUAAGUAGACUAGCAUAUUAGAAAGCGGCACAAUGCCAGAGAACUUGGAAUUGCAUCAGUUUGUGGAUGGCACGCGUGCGGGCGACAUAUCAAAUCAAUGGCUGGAACGCCUUAAAACGCGCGUAAAUUGCCCAUAUUUGGGCAUUAUACUUGCCACGCUCUCAUCGCUGUUCUUCUCGCUAUGCUCGGUCAUAGUCAAGGGCCUGGUGGAUGUCAAUCCCAUGGAGCUGGCCUCGUUCCGUUUUGUGGGCGUACUCCUGCCGGCCAUACCCAUACUCAUCUAUACCAGACAGCCGGUAUUUCCCGAGGGCAAACGCGUCAUCCUGCUGCUGCGUUGCUUCAUGGGCACCACGGGUCUGAUGCUUAGCUUUUAUGCGUUCCGCCAUAUGCCGCUUGCCGAUGCCAGCGUUAUCAUCUUCUCCACACCUGUGUUCGUAGCCAUAUUCGCACGCGUCUUCCUCAAGGAGCCCUGCACGCUCUUCAAUGUGCUCACCAUCAAUAUGACGCUGCUGGGCGUGGUGCUCAUCACCAAGCCGCCGCUGGCCUUUGGUGAUGCCAACCACCACGCGAUGGACAGUGAAAAGUAUUCGGAUAAAACAUAUGAUAUCUGGGGACCAGUUGCUGCCAUAUCAUCCACGCUUUUCGGUGCCAAUGUUUAUAUUCUGCUGCGUGCCCUCAAGAAUCUACACUUUUCGGUGAUCAUGACGAACUUUGGAGCCAUCGCCCUGGUCUAUACACUGAUUGUGUGCGGCUCCAUUGGCGCCGUCUGCUGGCCCAGCUGUGGACGAGAUCGCUGGCUGGUCGUCGUGCUGGGCAUCUUUAGUUUUCUGGGUCAAAUCCUGUUGACGCUCUCGCUGCAGGUAGAGCAGGCGGGUCCGGUAGCAAUUGCCCGCUGUGCCGACAUUGUGUUCGCAUUUAUUUGGCAAAUCCUCUUCUUUGGCGAGGCACCCAAUGCGUAUUCGUUGUGCGGCGCUCUCAUGGUCGUCAGCUCGGUUAUUCUGACGGCCAUGAAGAAGUGGGCCAUGACUUUGCCACGGGAAUCCUCGCUGCGCAAGCGUUUUCGAAUCAUUCUGCUGGAGUAGACCAACUAUUAGAUGUAGUUUGUAGUUGUAAUUCGAAUGCUUUAGCUAUGUAAGUGGUUUCUCAACGUUUAAAAUCAAAUUUUCAUCGGGCAUCGGAGAAUAAUGCUCAAAAACUAAUACGAUACACUAAUUCAUACACGAUUUAGACUUGGAUUAUUAAAAAGCUCAGCUUAGUAUACAGAAAUAGGCGCAUUAUAGACUCAUUCACAUAUUUUAAACAAGCAUAAAGUUUUAAAGUUCGAGCGUGAUACUCAUACCAUCUAAAAAAUGAUGCACACAGCUGACUAUUAUAUAUACACGUAUAACUCUAAUGAUUUAGUUUAGCCAAAUUCAUUGACUUGUUGUUUUGUACAUUGUUAUACAUGCUUAUACUAAAGAAUUUCGAACAAAAAAGCUAAUUAA